UUCGCGCCAUCGGUGGCCAUCUAAAUAGUUUCAACAGUGCCUUGUUAACUACAACAACAAAAAGAAACCGACGACGUAAAAACAAAAAAAAAAUAGAAUCGAUUGAAUUGAAUUUCCAAGAAAGAAACAUAAAGAAAAAGGAAAUUAAUCAGCGAUAUAUUCAAACUAGUGAAGCAAUCCGAGAAAAAAACGAAACCGAAACCAAAACUGCUGUGUAUGAUUUCAUCGUCGAGACGACAACAACAACAACAACAGCAGCAGUAUCAACAAGAAAUCAGAACAAACGCCAAUUUAGAUGCUUUUGUAGCACAAAAUCGAAUCUUUCUCCCGCGAAGCACGAAGAAAAAACAAAAAAGCGACAAAAAACGAAUGCUUCGACAGCGCACAAAAAAUGAACUUAUUAAAAAUAAUUUAGUGUUGGUUCGGUUAGUAAAAUAAAUAAAAAAAUCGAGAAGAAAAAGAAGAAGAAGAAGAGGUAACAACAGAAAAUAUUGUUUUGUUUGUAUGUGCGCGCGCGCGAAACAACGUUAACGAAGCAGAAAAAUUGUAUGUAUUUGCAACGCGAUCGGCAGAACGAUCAUCCAACAGAAAGUAACAGCAAGCAUAACAACAAGAAAAAGGUAGACGAAGUCAAGUGAAUUGGAAUUUGUGCGGAUUUUUCGGUUUGUUGUUCGGUUUGCUUGUAUGAGGAAUCGGUUGUUGUGUGUUUUUUCCUUUCUCGGACGAACAACGCACAAAUACACCCAAACGAGUGUUUGCGAACAAUUUUCCCAUAUUGAAUCUUGGUUGGCGUGCAGUGUGAAUUGAUUGUGGUGCACGUAUGUGCCCAUCAAUUCCACUAUUUUGAUACACAAAAAUUGAACCAGACUAUCAGAACACAUACACACACCCACACCCACACACAUAGAUAAACAACCAACAAUAAUCAUCGCUCAUUGUUCGAACGACUGAUUUUCAAACGAUGAAUUCGUUUUGGAUACACAUUUUUAUUGGCGCCGUUGCUAUUUUACACAGUUGUUCAUGUGAAAAACGUCUUAUUGAAUAUGCGCCUCCAUGGCAGCCUGUAGCAAUACCAGCGGCAGCUCCACAAUUAAUCAGCAUUGGAAAUUUUGACGCUACGAAUAAGGCGCAAAUCGCACAAAUUGCCCAUCACAAUGCACAAAUACUGCGACAAAUCAAAGGACUUCAUCCACCGGUGACGCAAUACUUGAAUCCAUUCCCCGUUUUUCCAUCGGCCAAUUCACCCAAACAUGUCGUUAUGGCAGCCAGCGCUUUGCCAUCUCAUCAUGGUAACGUGCCAACAACGCAGCAUCUUCUAUCGAGCAGUUCGAAUGUUGCUCAAACGGUGAUGCCACAAACGAUCAUGAAAUCAUAUCUUGGUGGCAAGCCCACAUACAUCAGCGCUGGCAAACCAUCCGAAUUUAAAUUCUUCAAUGGAAUGGCAUCCACGUCAAAAGUUCCGCCUGUUUUUCUGAGCCAAGCCAGUAGUAGCAUGCCUUCGUUGCAAUUAUUCACCACCACAAGCCGUGUGCCAAUGUUAAGAGAUGUUACGUUGAGUUCACCAUCGUCGAUGUUUAAAUCGACUCAAUUGCCCAAUCCACCGAAAUACCAACCACACAUGGCAUUUGGACCCGCACACCGGCCAGCUCCACCCAAUCAAAUUCCCGGCCAAAUUCUCUCAUCGUUCACGCAUUUUGGACCGGCCGCACCGCAAAUACUACGCGGCGAACCGAAACAACGUAUUCGAGCCAAUUUCCUAACAGCACCAUUUGACCACUAUCAUUUUGGCCAAACGCUUGGCAAUCCAUAUGCAGGUCAUUUAACUCCCGGCGGUCAUUUUGUAGCGAAGAAUAAUUUUGCAAAUUCACUGUAUUUCCCUCACAAUGGUCUCGGUUCAUAUCAACUGACCAACACAUUCAUUGCAAGCCCACAAAAACCAAACUCACAACCAUUUGUGCAAUCACCACAACAGCAUGGACCACUUGCACAGCCAGUUGGCCCACCACAAUUGCCCGAAACUCAACCAUCUUAUUUACCGCAAUUACCAACUGUGCCGCCAAGUGUUUUGUCACCAUUCUUCCAAGUGCAGCAAAAGCAACAAGAGCAAUCCACAACCGCAGCACCGCAAAUUAUCCAAGAAUCACCACAAAACAGUUAUUCGAAUACAUUCCUGUUGAACGAUGAGUAUACAAUCAAUUUGGUACCGCCACCACCAUACAAACACACCGAAUCGACUCGAUUCCGAUUGCGUCAACCGCCAGCCUCAACGUCAUCCGCACUCAAUUCCGUGCCAAGCACAAAUUCAACGCCAAUUGGUCCACCAGGCAACGAUGUAUUCGACGAUGAACAGAAAAAAGCAAUGGACAUUCUAACGAAGUACAAUAUUCCGGCAAUUUCACCAUUGCAAGAUGCAAACCGUUUUGCAUAUAAUUCCGGUCAAUUUGCACAUACCAGCACAACAGCACCGACUCCAUCGUAUUCCGAUGAGCAUAUAUUCCAGCGAUGGCCGGCAAAUGAUAAUAUUCUUGCGAAUUCACCUUCGUUCACCACGGAAAAACCGAAUAUCUUCCGUAAUUUGAAUCGACCAAUGGAAAGUGAAUAUCAUCAGCACAAAGUAAUGCAUCCAGGUUAUACGGGAGCACGGCGACCAUUGGCACCAUCUACCACACCAUUCUUACCAACGCCCGAUUCAUUGAACAAUGCAAUCACACAUAGUUUCUUUACCAUUGAAGAUGCAAUUACAAUCUCACCACAUUCACACUACAACCGGCGACCGGUAAAGCCGACGAAUACCAAUGAAAUUGAAGCCAGUAUCAAACGACCAUCGAAUGAUAUCUACACGGAAUCCGCUUCAGUUGAUCCAUUCCCCGAUUUCGAAAAGAAUAUCGGAGAAGAGAUCGUAACAGUGCCACCACCACCACCAUCACCACCAUCCACCUCAACACCACGGCCACGCAAUAAAUUGCGCCGCAAGCGCCCACGACCAACAACCGAAAGCACAUCGACCGUUUAUACUGAACCAAAUAACAAUCAAAUCAAAUUGUCCGAUUUCGAUGAACCAAGCAAUGAAGUGUUGGCCACUGAAAUGCCGAAAAAUCAUAAGGAAUACACGGCCACCAGAGAUCGCGGACAAUUGAUUCAAUACACCAGAGAAACAACGACCGAAGUGCCACGUGAAUCAUCGACAAGCGGAUAUCGCAAUAGCAACCGUGUACGAAAUCGAACACGCAUUUCAACACCAUUCGAAUCACGAUUCGAGUCAAGCACAACCGCAUCACCACUCAGACCAAAACGACCAUAUAAUCCGGAGAAUCGACGACCAAACAACCGUUUUGAAGAUAAUAAAAUACAACGCCAACGACCACUAGCUGAAAAGUCCACCCGGGUUCCGCUUGAGGAAAACGAACAAACCACAAUUGGACAACGCGAGUACAGUCGACCAUCGCGUAGACCAUUGACAACACAACAGGCCAUUCCAAUUUCGACAACGUUACAGGAUGAAACCGAAACCCAUGACUUCUUUUUGGACACAAAACUUACGAACCGAAUCAGAAACAGUAGCCCAUCAUCGGUUAUAACCACAUCUUUGCUAACACCGACCAUUGAUAGUGGUCGUCUCGACGACAUCCAAUCAGUAUUGUCAACUCGAUUGAAUAUUGCAAAUGAGCCAAUCUCAACGCAUGAACCAGAAGAUUCAACGAACGGUGGUGAGGAAGAAGCGGGCACAUUGGAGCCACAAACUCCGGAUAGCAUAUCGUCAUUUAGUAGCCCAUCGUCAUCAGCAUCGACAUCAACAUCAUCAACAUCAACGAUCAGUUCAAGCUCAACGUCAUCGGAAAAGAGUGAAAUCAGCAAUGAAUCGAUAGCGUCGCCCGAUUCGGGUCCCGUUUACAUUCGUGACGAGAACAAACUUGAGUUGGGCAAUUUCCGAACUCGGCAACGCAUGCGAAACAAGGAGAAAAUCUUGGAAGCGGUCGCUGCUGCAACAUCUUCACAAACGAAAGCGGUUACCAAAGAUCGUGGUCAUGGAUUUGCCCAUCAUCAAAACGAUGUGAAUGACAUUGAAAAUGAAUCGUCUUCAACUGAAAAAGAACCGCGGCUUCGUGUACGAUUGCCGGUGUACAAAGCUGGUACGAAGCAAAGCAGCGAAGAAGUGCAGUUCAGCAAUGUUACAAAAGCAAUUCGAUUGAAUGGAACGAACAAAUUCGAUCCAAAGAAUCGGCCACGGUUCAGUAUCAAAGAGUACAGACAACGAAUGAGCUCAACCACACCAACACCCGAUCAAUCGUCAUCGAAUAUUGUUUCAACAACGGCAUCAUACACACGACUUCGAUUCCCAACACGACAACGUGUUCUUCCAUCGGAAUUGAAGAAUCGAACAGUAGAAUCGAACAAAAUCGAUGAAAAACCGAAUAUAAUUUAUCCAGAAAAGUCGACGGCCGAACCAUCAUCAACGGAAUCGGGUGUGUCAACGGAGACAACACGAAAACGCUUUGUGCCAAAGGAUCGUUUUAGCAGCCGAUUGAAAACGACCACCGAAACCGUGGUCGAAGGUCAAACAAAUUCAUCGCCCACCACACCAUCGGUGACUACGGCCAAACCACCAGUUCGUCGUGUAAGCACCAGACGAGACUCACUGAUCAAUCGCAACCGAUCGAGUUCAACCACCACCGACAAUCCAUCCGACACAUCGAGCACCGUAUCACGAAUUCCAAUAAUUCGAAAUGGCACCGUUCCACUGAGACGCCUCCAACCACCAAGCCUGCGGCAACGUAUUCAAACCCAAAAGAAAAAAGAGGGCACGUCAUCGACAACCAGCACUGACGAAUCGCUCAACGAUUUAGCUGUCGAAGGGUCAUCCGAAGAUAAAGUUCGAUUGAGCAGCAAUGAAGUGGUGCCAAGCAGCACCAGCACCAGCACUGAAGAAUAUAAACAUGAAACAGCGAUUAUGAAAAUCGCCAAAGACGAUCAUUCCUAUCGGCCGUACAAAGAGAAAGCGACAACGGAAAAAACCAAAACCGAAUCAUCAAGUUCAGAGAACGAUUUGAACGACAGCCCAUCCGAGCAAUCGGAACGCGUUGCUGAGCUCACAAUAUUCGGCAGCAAUCAAUUCAAUUCGGUGAAUACGGGAAGCGCAUCACGGCGCAUUCCCGGCUAUUUCACAUUAGCCACUGAAGAUCCAAUUUUACCAAUCGAAGCCUUUUUCCCCCAAGUCAAACGAAAUAAGUAAAUGAAAUGAAUGAAUGAAAGAAAAUAGGAGUAAAACAAACCUUCUAAGUUCCGAAUCGCGCUAAUUUUAAACACGAACGCUUUCGCAUACGGAAACGCGUUCCUCUCUCAAAUGUUAACGACCAGAUCGUAGAAUUUUCGCUUUUUUUCCCCUUUCUCUCCUGAUGUGAAAAAGUCGAACUUUCUUUAGUAGAGAUACACCUAAAACAACCAUUUUUGCAUCUAAUGCACAAUUUCGGAAUAAAUUUGAAAAAUAACGUUGAAUAAUGAAAAUUCACGACGUUUGAACCAAAACUAAACUUUUGUUCCGAAAUUAUGUAAAUUUCCCUUGGAACAAUUAUUUCACAACCAAUGCAAAAUCUUUGGUAUUUUUACAUUUCUUGUGCAUUAAACGAACCAGAGGAGAAAAAAGGUUGAUGAACAACAAAAAAACACCACUCACGACUCUCUGAACGAUAUACCCAGCUCAAGAACACAGUCUUAAUUUUUUCGAUACAUGUGAAAACGAAGAUUUUCGUUCGAUGAAAAUUUACCGUUAUCCACUUAAUAAUCGCAAAAUGUUGAGGAACAAUUGUGGCUACGAAUAACGAUGCAAAUACACUGCAAAAUAUUGUUUGAACUUAAACAUAAAUCCAUGAUCACCACCGUAAAAUUCCCAAUCAGAAUGGCUGCUAAUUCCACACAUAUUCCAAUGAAAUAUGUCACCAAAAUCAACAGCACAUUUUUACAUCGAAAUCAAUCCCCAACACAACAAUCAAACUACACAUCGAAUAAAUACAUCCAUCCGAUCAUAGACCGCGUCGAGAGUUGAACUGCUGAAAAUAAGAUAUCCAAAGCUAACUAAUUUGUUUCUUUUUUUUUAGAAGAAAAGAAAGCAUGAAAUCAUUGAAAAGAAGCACGUCUAGGCAUUAGGAAAAAAUAAAUUCAUUAUAAAGAUAAUUUUUAAGUAGACAAUAAUUUCUUUAAAAAAAAAGUAGAAAAAUUACGCAAUCCAAAAAAAAUACAUCCCUUGUAACAUUCGAAAAUCGAUAAGAAAUGAAAUGUGUAUGUUAUGUUAAUUAAUGUAAAGCAUUAAAAAAAGGCAUCAAUUAGAUAUUUAUCUUUAAUUUAUACAACGACUGGCUUUUGACAUGUUUUUUCAUACGAAGCCACAACGAAAAUACCUUUAAUUGAAGAAACAGAAAAAAAACACGACAAAGCAAAUUAUUUUUGACGUGAGCGAUUGAAAAGGUGACUCGUGCGCGCAAUAUUUCAAUUGAUUUUUUCAAAGAGGAACAAAUCCGUUGCACUUGUCAUACGAAAACGAAAUCGGAAAUUUUUCACAAGUUGCCGAUUUCUAGUUUUCACAAUAUUUGUUUGUGUGUUUUUUAUAUGGAGACAACGAUUUUGUACUUUUGUGAUAAGUGAAACCUAUUAAACAUAGCAAUCGAUACGGCAUGUUGUUGUUUCUCUUGUAACGAUUGAACAACUUAAUUUAUAAAUCUUUUUUUUAAACUAACUGUUUCGAUGUUUUUGUACAUAAAAUGGAAAAAUGCUAAAAAAUAACAUGAAUAAUUAGACAAUUUAUAUGUAAAAGAAGAAAAUAAAAAGAAAAAAAAAAUAAUGUCAACAGCAACAACAAUGAAAUCUAUUGAUCGAUUUAUCAUUUCAUUACAUUUGAUAGAACAAGAGAUAGAAAUUGCAUGUAAAAUUAUCGAUAUUUUCUAAGCAAACAGAAAAAUUAUGGAUUCUAAUAAAAUGA